AUGGCUGAAGCGAAAAUGAAGAUGCUUUCACAAAAAGAAGUAUCUCAACACAAUACAAAAGAGGAUCUGUGGGUGAUCAUUCAUGACAAAGUCUAUGAUCUUACCCAGUUUUUACCCGAUCAUCCUGGUGGACAGAGUAUCAUCUUAAAGUACGCUGGCCGUGAUGCCACGAAUGCCUUUGAUCCUGUUCAUCCACCCGAUAUUAUAUCCCGUUACCUCACCGCCGAUGUUUGCAUGGGUGAAAUUGAUGUGUCGACCCUGGAGAACGAGCAAAGAGAAGAAACAGAAGAGGAGAAACGGAUCAAACUCGCAAGAGAAAAUAUGCCCAAGAUCGAAGAAAUGUACAAUUCCUUCGAUUUUGAAUCUAUUGCCAAGACGAUCCUCAAAGCUGAAGCAUGGGCUUAUUAUUCGUCUGGUGCGGACGACGAGAUUUCCAUGCGGGAAAAUCACAACGCUUUCCAUCGUAUUUGGCUACGUCCACGUGUGAUGGUCAAUGUGAAAAAUAUCGAUACAACAGCCCCCAUGUUGCGGACUACCUGUUCCAUGCCGCUCUACAUUACUGGUACUGCACUGGGUAAAUUGGGUCAUCCCGAAGGCGAGGUUGUCUUGACACGCGCCGCGGCCGAUGCCAACAUCAUUCAAAUGAUCCCCACGCUGGCUUCCUGUUCUUUUGAUCAAAUUGUGGAUGCAGCCACGCCUGAACAAACACAAUGGUUGCAACUGUAUGUCAAUUCAGAUCGUGAAGUCACCAAGAAAUUUAUUCAGCAUGCCGAAAAGCGUGGUGUCAAGGGACUCUUCGUCACCGUCGACGCUCCUCAAUUAGGUCGACGUGAAAAGGAUAUGCGAUCGAAAUAUUCGGAUGAAGCUCCCGGUGAAAUGGAAAACAAAGAUCAAGAUGUGAAUCGUGGGGAAGGUGCUGCUCGCUACAUCAGUACUUUUAUUGAUCCUUCACUCAACUGGGAAGAUUUGAAAUGGCUUAAAUCCAUUACCAAGAUGCCUAUCAUGUUGAAGGGUAUUCAGACUGCCGAAGACGCCGUGUUGGCGGCUCAGCAUGGAUGCCAAGGUAUUGUUAUCUCUAACCACGGUGGUCGCCAGCUUGAUUUUGCUCCGUCGGCUAUUGAAAUCCUGCCUGAAGUGAUGGAUGCAUUGCAGAAAGAAGGCCUGGAUAAGGAUUUCGAAGUAUACAUUGAUGGUGGUAUUCGUCGCGGGUCCGAUAUUUUCAAAGCCAUUGCUUUGGGAGCCAAGGGAGUCGGUAUUGGUCGUCCAGCACUGUAUGCCAUGGCCACUUACGGUGACGCCGGCGUGAAGCGUCUCAUUCAAUUAUUGAAAGAUGAACUUGUCAUGUGUAUGCGACUCAUGGGCGCUCCUACUCUCGGUCACAUCACCAGGGACAUGGUUGAUAUCCGAAACCUUAAAGAUCACUUUGUACAAAGCCCGACCGACAACCUUAGUGGCUCUUCCUACGAAAAGAUGAUUCCAAGAGGCCUGCUGUCCAAGCUUUAA